AUGGCUCAGCUCACCACCAUCUCCAUUGGCGAGCUUAGCCGCCAUUUCCAAGACGACAAUGGAUGGAUGGCCUUGAACGGUGUUAUCUGGGAUUUUUCCAACUUUGCGGAUAAGCACCCUAGCGGCCGCGACAUUAUCCAACAACAUCUCGGCAAGGAUGGAAGCCAGGCGUACAAUGAAAUCCAUAGUUCUGGCAUGGUUCUGCGAUAUCUGGGAGAAGAGCGAAAAGUUGGCGUCAUGAUGGAGCAGGUUGAACACGACGUUUCCAAGAAAUCAACCGAUAAAACGGCAAACAUGCCCGGAUUGUCUUCCCUCACGCACCUCUCACAGUUUGAGCAAGUCGCCAAACACACUCUCAGCGAGAAAGCGUGGGUAUAUAUCUUCUCAGCCACCGAGGACGGCAUUUCCCAUGCGGCCAAUACAGCAUACCACCAACGUGUCAUAUUUCGUCCCAAAGUGCUGAGAGGAGUCGGACAAGUUGAUAUCAGCACCUCCUUCUUGGGCCAGCAACUGUCCUGUCCGAUACUCGUCGCCCCAACUUCAUCCAUCAAGCUCACUCAUCCCGAUAGCGAAGGAGCCAUGGCAAGGGCCUCACAGGUCAGCGGGGUCCCUCCAAUCAUCCCCUCUAUGGGAUCCUAUUCGGUAGCCGAGGUUAUCGAAUCUCUUGAGCCUUCAUACCCUUUCUUCAUGCAGCUCUAUAUCCACCGCAAUCGCGCAGAGACGAGACGCCUGCUAGACGAUGCUUGUCGGCUCGGGGCAAAAGCUAUCAUCGUCACGGUGGAUCUUCCAGUGCUAAGCAAGAGAGAAACAUCUACGAGCGCAUCCUUGGGUGGCGAGAGAGCUCGGGACAAAUCAACCGUGGCCCCUCAGCAGGCACCGACACCGGCCAACACCAUCAUCGAUGCGGAUCUCAACUGGCAAGACAUCAAAUGGAUCAGAGACACGACCAACCUCCCCGUCCUGAUCAAAGGGGUUCAAUCAGCCGAGGACGCCAAGCAAGGGUUGGCCAUCGGCUGCGCUGGCAUCUACUUAUCCAACCAUGGAGGCAGAGCUUUGGACGCUGCCCCGCCAGCCACUCUUGUGCUUCUGGAGAUCCAAAAGACGUGUCCGGAAAUCUUGAAGCAGAUGGAGGUUGUCGUCGACGGUGGGUUCCGCCGAGGUUCCGAAGUGUUGAAGGCUAUAUGCCUCGGAGCUACUGUGGUGUGCCUCGGGCGUCCUUUCUUGUAUGCACUUGCAUAUGGCGAGGAAGGGGCGAUUCUCCUGAAGGAAGAGUUGAAGACGGCAAUGCAGUUGCUUGGUGUCGUGAACCUGAAGCAGGCCGAUUUGGGCUACUUGAACACCAGCAGGCUGGAAAGGCUGCUGCCGUUGCCUGUGACAGACGGAGCGGGGCUUAGCAGGCUAUGA